UUUGUACAAGGUCAAGUGGUCAACUACGUGUCUCAGUUUUCUUCUUUGCUUUCAAGGAUUUGUCUCAUUCAAAACUUUGACUGGGGAAAAAGAAUGAAAAUGAACCAGUUAGGAUGCCCUUAGAGUAGGAACUGUCUCUUUCUUCUUGGUAAGACAGCAACAUUCUUGGAAUUCAUCAGGAUGUAGCUUGCAAAAGAACAUAUAUUGCAGAUGGAGCUCUUCAGAGUAUGUAAAAGCAGCAUUCAGAAGACUACUGUAGUGUUUUCAGUGAUCCUGAAACAUAUCCAAAAAGAGCAACCUGAGGAAGCUGAUUCCAUGAAAUGUCUAAUGGGAAUCAAGGAUAAAAAAAGCUAUUCAUCGUAUCAUAAAUUGUUCUUAGUGGAGUAAAAUGGAUGAACCUGAAGGUGUAGAGCCAAGUAAAUCCUUUCGACACCUGCCUGACUCCAUAUGUUCACUUGUUGGAACUAACCCCAAUCUUACUGCGAGUUAGUUUGAUUCAGUUUGCUGCAUAAUCAAGGACCUGCAAUCGAGCAAUUUAAAAGGUGAUCUGCAGGUAAAGAGCAAAAUGUUUGAAAAGAUGAAUCGAGACUGUGAUGAAUCCAACAAUAAUCUUUGUGUUUCAAAGAUUCAAGAUGCAUUAGCUUCUCUUACUGUCCAACUGAAAGAGUUAUCCAUACGGAGGAGACAAGCACUAAAUGAUUUUCUUGUUCUAAAAGGGAAUAUUCGAGUAUUUUGCCGUGUAAGGCCUUUCCUCCCUGAUGAGAUUUGUGGAUAUGCAAGACGAGUGCUCACUUCAGAUACAACUAAGUUGUUCCUAAGAAUUGCUGAUGAUAAGAACAAGCAAUACAGUUUCGACAAGGUUUUUCAUCCACAAUCAACACAAGAAGAAGUGUUUUCUGAGAUUGAACCUGUGAUCAAAUCUGCCUUGGAUGGCUAUAAUGUCUGCAUCUUUGCUUAUGGGCAAACUGGAACUGGUAAAACUUAUAGCAUGGAAGGUGUUCCGAGCAAUCUUGGUCUUGUGCCUCGUGGGAUUCGGGCAAUAUUUGAACAAGCAUUAGAAAGCAAUUAUACAUUCCAGUUCACCUUCAGCAUGCUUGAGAUCUACAUGGGCACUCUAAGAGAUCUACUUGUUCCACAAAGCACAAAGCAAAGGGUUCAUAAAGCAUGCCUUUCAAUUCAAAUGAACUCACUUGGAGGCAUUGAGAUAGAGAACCUUGUAUCUAUCAAAGUGAGCAACUUUGAGCAAGUUAAAAGACUAUACAACCUUGGAAGCCGAUCCAGGUCAACAGCUUCCACAAAGUCCAAUUUGAAGUCAAGCAGAUCUCACUGCCUUACUUGCAUAUCACUAACUUGUUCUGCUGCACCUGAGAGACAAAAGGAAACAAAUAAGAUAUGGAUGGUCGAUCUAGGUGGAAGUGAGCGGCUGUUAAAGACACAAGCAACAGGAAGAAGGCUGGAAGAGGGGAAGGCAAUUAACUUGUCACUGUCAGCUCUUGGUGAUGUCAUCAGUGCACUCCAGCAUAAGAAGAACCAUGUUCCAUACAGGAACAGCAAGCUUACACAAGUUCUCAGAGAUUCACUAGGAUCAGACUCAAAGACGUUGAUGUUUGUCCAUGUAAGCCCCAAAGAAGAAGAUUUAUGUGAGACAAUUUGUUCUUUGGGUUUUGCUACACGAGUGAGAAGUAUCCACCUAGAAAGUGAAAAAUCACCAGAACUGCAAGCUAAGAAGGAAGUUGAAAUGGCUAAGCUGCAACAAACAAUAACAGAACUAGAAAGUGAACAAAAAGAUGUGCAAAGAGAAACUGGGAGGCUCAAUGAGAGACUAACACUUCUAACGGGAUUCGAUCAAUCGAAUGAUGUGCAUGCAAAAGGUUCACUGACAGUGACUGGAGAUCUUCACUUUAAUGGGGAAGUUGAUUUGCAUAAUGCCAAGGGUUUCAAAAGAACAUCUCCAAGCUUGCCCAGGUUCAUGAAACCAACAAUUUGCAGUAAACAAAAGACUGGUUCAGUUCACCUUUCUUCUACAGGUACAAGAAAGAAAUCAGCAAUUCCUUCAAAUAUGAAAAGGUCUGCAUCUGUCUAUGCUGAAUCCAUAACUUCUCAAGCAAAGGAUACUGCUUGUCUGUCUGACUACGGUUCAGAUUUUAGCAUGUCCACCGGCUAUGCAAUUCAGGGACAUGGUGCAGAUGAUGAUACUGAAUGUAGUCAAGGCACUUCAGAAUAUGAGAUUAAACAAGUAAUUUUCCCGGAACAGGAGAAAUCCCCAAGAAGUUCAAUGACUUCUCUUCAUGAUGGAUGCUUCAACAAUGGAAGUUUGAAGGUCAAAGAAAUUAAUAAAAAUAAGCAUUUCACUGAAGAUUGGCUUCAUCUACAAACAACAGGUCAAACUCGAACACAUAAUGUUGGUGGUAAACGCAUAUUUGCUAUUCCGGUUGACAAGAGAAAUAUCAUGUGCAAGCAACAGAACAGAGUAAUAUACUGUAACCAGGCAGAGAUCCAAAAUUUUAGAAAGAGAAAUUCAGGGACCACAAAGAAGACAAAUCUUAAUGGUGUAGAUUCUCUAAAAAGCAUUGUAUUAGAUGAAGCAAGAAGAUUCAUUGUUUGUUCACUGACUGACAUGGAAGAUACACAGCUUGAUCAGAACCAAGAUCAUGAUCAAGUAGCUGCAGAAAGAACAGGUGGUCAAGUACAAGAAGAUUUGACUGUAGUUACUGUACUAACAGAAACACCUGGAUUCAGAGAAAACCCCAUUUCAGUGGACAGCUACAGUGAAGAUUGUUCAAGGCCAGAACAACAGGAGAACAAAGAGGAAUCUUGCAUGCUUUUUAGAACACCUAGGAGAUCACUAUUUGCAACUCAUUCAUUACAACCAGACCAACAUACUGACUUGAAAGAGUCCAUGAUACAUAUUACCAGUUGCCAUGAUGAAGAACACGGUACAAAUGGGCUAUUCUUGAAGACCAUCCAAAGGUUGUGGGCAAGUGUACUACUAGGCUUGGGCAUUCAGAGUCUUGGACUAGGCUGUGAUUUCUUCCAUGGCUUACUACAUUAAAAUGCAAUUGCAAUUUUUUUUCUUCAAACUGGUGGGAUGAAACAUAGAAGACCAUAAUAUUGCCCUCCUUCUUUAAGUAAAAUAUUACAGAGCAAUCCUGCUCUGCACAUAAAAAAUUCUUAUACCCCUUUUGGCAAAUAACCAGACCCAAUAAAGAAAAGAGAUAUCUUUAAAACACUCUCUCUCUCACUGUGUGCGCACGCAUAUGCAUGCUAGUAUGUACGUAUGCGUGUGCUAUGUACGUCGCAAACACAUCUGCAUCUCUCUAUUAGAAGUGUCUCCAAGUGCAUAUGUAUAUGAGCGUCCAUUCGUAAGUCUGCACAUGGAUGUCUGUGUAUAAAUGCUUCUUUCCUGUUUGAAUCCAUACAUAAAAAGACACUGAAGUUUGUGCAUGAACUGUACAUUUCAUUUGAAAAUAAAUCCUCAUUUCUAUUGGAAGGAUG